UGGAUUUUGAAAUUAUUCUUUUUUUUCGUUUAUUAAACGAGAAAAAAAAAACUCAGAUCUUUUCUAGUUCCUGAGAGAGUUUUCAACAUCGAAACAUAAAUCCUUUUAUUAUUAAUUUUUGCCUGAUUCUCUGCAGAGAACGAUGUCGUCAUCGCCGGACAUUGCCGGAAUUCUGGAGAACACGAAGGAGCUUGAUCGGUUAAGGAAGGAACAAGAGGAAGUCCUCGUCGAGAUCAAUAAGAUGCAUAAGAAGCUUCAAGCUACGCCUGAGGUAGUUGAGAAGCCUGGUGAUACUUCAUUGUCAAAGCUUAAAAAUUUGUACAUUCAAGCAAAAGAGCUUUCGGAAAGCGAAGUAACUGUUUCAACCAUUCUGCUCACCCAGUUGGAUUCUCUACUUCCAUCUGGACCAACGGGGCAACAACGCAGAAAACUAGUGGCAGAAGGCAACGAUCAGAAGAGGAAGAGAAUGAAAGUAGAGUCAGAUGUACAAAGAGUUUCUCCUUCCGUGAGAAACCAAAUCGAGGCUUAUGCCAGUCUAAGGGGUGAACAGGUUGCUGCGAGAGUAACAGCUGAUGACGCCGAGAAGGAUGAAUGGUUUGUGGUGAAAGUGAUUCACUUCGAUAGAGACACAAAAGACUCAAACCUUUGUGACAGAGUUGAAGUACUCGAUGAAGAGCCAGGAGAUGAUGAAGAAGGAGGUGGCCAGAGGACUUAUAAACUAUCAAUGUCAUGUAUAUUACCCUUUCCAAAAAGGAAUGAUCCUUCAACCACACAAGAGUUUCAACCAGGGAAACACGUCUUAGCUGUGUAUCCAGGAACCACGGCGCUUUACAAGGCGACUGUAAUAAGUACCCCACGAAAGAGGAAGUCUGACGAGUAUUUACUGGAAUUUGACGACGACGAAGAAGACGGAGCAUUGCCACAAAGAACAGUGCCUUUCCACAAAGUGGUAGCUUUACCAGAAGGCCAUCGCCAGUGAUUUUCAGAUGGGUACACUGAAAUGAGAGAAACUCUUCAUGUUUGAUUACUUGAAGGCCAAAGCAAGUGUUAAAGGUUCGUUGCCUUGGUGUGUGUUGUUGAAAGGAUAUCUCUUGGAAGAAUAAAAAGGUAAGUUGUUGUUUUUUUUCUAUUCAGUUCGGUUGAAAAGAUACUCUAGUUUAAUGUAAUAGAUGAGUGGUAAUGUAUAUAUAUGUGUGGGUGGGGUAUUUAUACCAUGUCGAGACACAAUGUUGAACACAAAAGAAACUGUUUUUGUUCGUGUGAAA